AUGGCGAGCCGAAUGUCCAUGUACUCGGUGGCAUCAGACAUGCCUGGUGCUCCCCGAGGAACUGGCCAGCAAUCGGCUCAGGUCAGCACCACCACUCUGCUGAACUCCAUCCACAACAUCUAUGUCGAGGGCAAGCCCUACGCUCUCGAUGCAAGCUCCAGUUUAGUCGUCAACACGUGGCUCACGGCCAACCCGCCACCACCAAACCCCUCGACCGGAGGCACCAUCGACACAGCUCUUGGAGCCCGGGCCUGGGAGCACGCCAGGCGGAGGGCAGAGGAUGGUUGUAUAAUUCUGAGCUCUCUUCACACCUCAACACCGUCCGUUCUUGUGCCGUUCCUGCAAAAUGGUCUGCCCAUGCAGAUUACGCCCAUGCUCUUCAAGGCCCUCGAAGCAGUCCUCCCUUUUAUUCGUUGUGUCACCCCACACAACCCAUCUACUCCCCGCCAGGCCGGUCUCGCAGUGACCUUGACACUCAACCUCACCGGGGAGCUGCAUGGUGCCUCCCUGGCACUUUCGCAAGGCGGCAUCGACACGAAAAAGGGUCUGCUGAACAUCCCUUCUGAAGCGGGAAACCGCGCUUUCGACGUAUUUUACUACCUACUGAAUGCGGGAGCAACCCCUGCGGAACGCGAGUUCCUCGGCCUCAAGAGCCCGGAAAGCUACACCCUCCUGUCACGGUCCAACACCUACCAACCUCCUUCGUACCUCAUCAAUGGCGACGAUGGAGCGGCUGCCGACGAUUUCCGUGAUGCUCUCAAGCAGAUCGGCAUCAAGGGCUCAGCCCACAGAAACCUCAUCUCGACCCUGGCUGGGCUGUUGAAGCUUGGAAACACCCUUGACUAUCAGAUCGAUGAGGACGCCUUCGACGAUAUCAUUGAAGACGCCAGUGGUCUGCUCGGAAUCGAGCCGGAGAUUCUUGCAACUCAAUGCAGCACCGAAGACAGAUCGACCUUCAUUGGUGGACUCUACGAGGCUCUAGUGGACUGGGUCAUCACCAAGGCGAACGCUGCGAUCGCUGCCGAGAUGGGCCGCGCACCACGCGGCGGUAGUGAUGGCUCUGGCAGUGAUAAUGGAGCACGAACAAAUAUUUCAGACAACGAUAAUGAGGAUACGGUCUGCAUCACCGUUUUGGAGAUCCCCGACCCGAACCUUGGCAAGGCCGUGGCCCUACGCGGUAUCUUCGACGAUACCAUCGGUAUCAAUGCCGAGAUGAAGCAAGAUGGCGUUGAGGUUCCCGCCGCGGGGAGCUCGGUUUUGCGUGAAAUGCAGAAUGCCGUGGCCGCGGUUGCUCCAGAUCUCGGAAUUAUGUCUGGCCCAGCUGGACGAGAGAGAGAGCACGAGUUGGAGAAGCGCGAGGAAGUGCUUGAGAAGCUUGCUCUUGCUGCCGACCAAGAUGGCUUCCUCAAGAAACUGCUGUUCCCAGUCGAGGGUGAGGGCAUCAAUCUGGGCCGAAACGCCCGAGUGGAACUGGAGACUCUACUAAGCAGUAGCCGCGCUUGGUAUCACCUCUCCCUCCACCCGACUGAUGACUCGCCAGCCAGUAUCGCUGGACUGCCUUCCAUCACCUCUGCCUGGUCUGCUGGCUGCGUCUCGCGGCAGCUGCGUGCUUGGAGGUUGCCUGAGUGGGCCAAUAGGCGGAACAAGAACUUGGAUUUCACUGCAGAUUUCGAUCAUGACGAAUUCGUGCAGCGUUAUUCAAUCCUCGGGUGCCGUGAUGGCAAGGACGGUAUCGAGAGCUGGCUGCUCGAGAGGGGUUGGAGCAAUGGCGAGGUUGCCGUUGGCAACGAACGUGUUUGGAUGCACGAGAACGCAUGGUGGGAGGCCGAGGGGAUGAUUGACAACCGGCAAGUCCCAGGCACAGGCAUGGGAAUGGGCGUGGGGAUGGGUGCGGGAAUGGGCGGGUUCAUGGCAUCCAACGCGCUCGAAACCGGAUAUUCCGCCAACACCAACGGCAGUGGCUACUUCGGCCAGUCUCCCUUCGGUGACGUUCAUGCCAACGAAAGCAACCAGGAUCUCCUUCACUCUAGGAACCGUAGCCAAGCCACUUUGCUUGGUCCCGCUGCUCUUGGACUUGGCCCCGGUGGUUCUCGGGCACCGUCCAUCGCUCCUUCCCAACAGGCCCAGAGCAUGCGUGCGCCACCCAAGGGUGACUAUGGCCUCGGAAUCAAAGGCGACUACCGCCGCCACGAAGACCAGUACUACUACAACAAAGAAGGCGAAUUCGUCGGCCUCAUGGACCCCGAACUUGCUGAAGGAAAGAAGAUUGAGGAGGAAAGUAUAGACAAAAGCCGGCGUGUCUGGGUUGCAAUUGUCUGGGCGUUCACGUUCUGGAUCCCCUCGUUUCUCCUUAGCUUCGUCGGUCGGAUGAAGCGUCCUGAUGUGCGUAUGGCUUGGCGUGAAAAGCUUGUGUUGUGCUGGUUCAUCGUCCUCGCCAACGCGCUCAUCAUCUUUUGGAUCAUCUGGUUCGGCACGCUACUAUGUCCCAACUUCGACAAAGCCUGGACAUCAAAGGAGGUUGCCACACAUCAAGCCGACAACGACUUCUGGGUGAGUGUGCAUGGCCAUGUUUACGACAUUUCCAAGUUCUGGAAGACACAGCACAGUGAUAGCAACAUCAAAACUACCUCAACGAACAUGGAACCGUUCGCUGGCGCAAACCUCGAUGGAUACUUCAUUCGGCCACUGAUCAUUACAUGCCCUGGAGUUGUGACGGACAAGACCCUCAGGUUGACUCAGAACACGACCAACACUUAUCCCAACGCGGAGCACACUUCCGGCUAUUACCAGGCCGACACGACAACCGCUCUGGCCAACGCGAACUGGUACUAUGAAACAUUUGCGCCCAAGAUCAAGGAGUACUACAAGGGCGACCUCACCUGGGAUAAAGAUAAGGUGUACUCUCAAGGCCAGGCUGGAUACCACAAUUGGGUCAUAUACGAAGACGGCGUCUACGAUCUGACUGAUUAUUACAACACGCUAGACCUGAUGAACAACUUGGCCAGCUAUGAGUUCCUUGACAGCGACUUGACGGAUAUUAUCUCAGACAACCUUGGCGAGGACAUCACUUCCAAGUGGCACACUCUAUUGAAGGACUCCACACACAACGCCACCAAGUCGGCUAGUCUCAAGAACAGCCUGAACUGUAUCCAGAACACCUUUUACGUUGGCAUCAAGGAGUUCCGAUACAGCCCUAGGUGCCAGGUCAACAACUGGAUUCUGUUGGCAUUCGCCUGCAUGCUGUGUGCUGUGAUCUUGGUAAAGUUCUUGGCUGCCCUACAGUUCGGCUCCAAGCGGCGUCCUGCUCCUCAGGAUAAGUUCGUCAUCUGCCAGGUCCCAGCUUACACUGAGGGUGAAGACUCGCUCCGGAAGGCUCUGGACUCUCUCACAGCUCUCCAGUACGACAACAAGCGGAAGCUUAUCUGUGUUAUUUGCGAUGGUGUCCUCACGGGUGCCGGAAACGAUCGUCCUACUCCAAAGAUCGUGCUCGACAUCCUCGGUGUUGAUCCCAAACUCGACCCACCUGCCCUGCCCUUCAAAUCCGUCGGUACCGGAAGCGAGCAGCUCAACUAUGGCAAGGUAUACUCUGGUCUCUACGAAUAUGAAGGCAACGUCGUCCCUUAUAUUGUGGUUGUCAAGGUCGGCAAAGAGUCUGAGCAGAAAAAGUCAAAGCCAGGUAACCGAGGCAAGCGUGAUUCUCAAAUCCUGCUUAUGAGCUUCCUGAACCGUGUGCACCAUCGCGCUCCUAUGAGCCCUCUUGAGCUUGAGAUGUUCCACCAGGUCAACAACAUUAUUGGUGUUGACCCUGAGCUCUAUGAGUACUUGCUGAUGGUAGACGCCGAUACCUGCGUCCGUGAAGACUCGCUGAACAGGUUGGUCGCGGCUUGUGCCAACAAUGCCAAGAUUGCAGGCAUCUGUGGCGAAACUAGCUUGCAAAACGAGGAACGAUCAUGGUGGACGAUGAUCCAGGUCUAUGAGUACUUCAUCUCCCACAACUUGGCCAAGGCAUUCGAGUCACUUUUCGGCAGCGUCACUUGUCUGCCUGGAUGUUUCACGAUGUAUCGACUCCGGACAUCUGACCGUGGCAAGCCGCUCAUCAUCUCGGACGAAAUCAUCAGCGAGUACAGCGACUGCCGCGUUGACACCCUCCACAAGAAAAACCUGCUGUCUCUCGGAGAGGAUCGUUUCUUGACCACUCUUAUGACCAAACACUUUCCCUACAUGUCGUACAAAUUUACUGGAGAUGCCUAUUGUCAGACGGCUGCCCCUGAGACAUGGAGUGUGCUGUUGUCCCAGCGUCGGCGAUGGAUUAACUCGACAAUUCACAACUUGGUCGAGCUGAUGUGGCUCAAGGACAUGUGCGGGUUCUGCUGCUUCAGCAUGAGAUUCGUCGUCCUGAUUGAUCUCACCGGUACAAUCAUCCUCCCGGCAACUACGAUCUACCUCGGUUACCUCAUUUAUAGGGUAGCCAGCAACACUGGCCCAUUCCCAACGAUCUCACUCAUCAUGAUUGCAGCCGUGUACGGUCUUCAGGCGCUCGUUUUCAUUCUCAAGAGACAAUGGCAACACAUUGGCUGGAUGAUCAUCUACAUCUUGGCCUACCCUGUCUAUUCAUUCAUCCUGCCCAUCUACUCCUUCUGGAACCAGGACAACUUCUCGUGGGGUAACACCCGUAUCGUCAUUGGCGAGAAGGGUCAGAAGCAGAUCGUCGCUGUCGACGAUGAGGGUUUCGACCCUCGAAGCAUUCCUUUGCAACGCUGGGACGACCACGCGCUGCACAACAACUUGCCUGGUCGGCGUGGCUACGCUGAGAAGGGCGGUAUACAUGACAUGAACAACCCUUACGACACGGCCGGUGCUGAGUACGAGCUUGAUGACAUGAAGUCCGUGUACUCAUCCGUACGCCAGCCCUCGGUCUUGACCGGCGCGCUUGGCCGCGGUGCCUAUAUGGCUCCUCCGCAAUCCCCUGCGCCGUUCCAGCAGCACAUGAGCCGCAACUCGACAUUCACAACGCCAUAUACGGAUCACCCGGGCAUGGCUCCGAGGCAGUCCACGUACAGCGUCGGCACUGGCCUUGACCGGGGUAACUCGCCCUACCAGGACCGGGCCCAGUCUCAAUUGGGCAUGGGCGCUGGGCAGUCACGCGCUGGCACGGCCAUGAGCGGGUACAUGCAACAGAACCAGUCCGUUCUGUCGGUAGACUUCACCCGCGGUCCUGGCGCGGGUGGUCCCGACGACGCGGUCAUCACCGAGUGUAUCCAGUCCGUUCUGCGGGAGGUCGAUCUCGACACCGUCACCAAGAAGCAGGUGCGCGCCUUGGUGGAGCAGAGGUUGCAGACCGAACUCGCGGGCGAGAGGAGGACAUUCAUGGACCGACAGAUUGAUAACGAGCUGGCGAACAUGUAA